AUGAGACAUAAAUCAAAUGAACAUUCUGUUGGAUAAGUAAGCAAUAUCUUAAUACCAGAAUAAUAACCAUUUUAAUUCAAACCACGUUUCUCUAAACAUAAGAAUUUUUAUGCUAAAUAAUCAAAUUUUGAGUUGCAUUAUAUUACUCCUACUCAACAAUAUGCCAAAAAUAUACUUGAUAAGAUAUGUCAUGUAGAUAAGAAAGCUUUAGUAAAUGAUCGACCAGAAUCAUCUUUUUAAAAGCGCAAACAUUUUUCAGUGGGUUUGUGUUAUAGUUCAAGACCAUCCAUUUAGAAAAAACAAAUUAGAAUCAAAUAAAUUCCUCAUCCAAAUAUUCAAUCUAAUUUUUCAUUUAAUCUCAAAAUAUGUGAUAAAGAUUGGUUAGCCUUUGUAUUAGAUUGA